AUGGCGCUAAUGUUAAUUGUACAAAGUGCAGUAAACAGCUACAUCGUGCGUGUAGGCAUCGCAGUGGGCGCUUCACUAAUGCCAUCCUGGGCUUGCCCUGAAUGCAAAUUGAAAGAAAAACGUUGCAACAAGGACACAACGCCAGUAAAACCCUCAGCAAUGACUGUUGCUAAUUCGAGUGAGGUUUCAAACCUUGGGGAGGAAUUGCGAAGUUUCCAAGAAGAAAUGCGGCAAACCCGCGAAGAAUUUCGGGCAUUCAGAGAAGAACUUCGGGACAUAACAACCCUUGUCAGCAAAUGCGAUGCUCGUUUAGAUACGCUCGAAAACACGGUAUCAACUAUCCUGGAAUCACAAGAGCAAUAUGGCUCUCAAGGAAUCAAAAGUGAAAUCCUAAAACUCAAGUCUACCGUCAAUCAGAUGUAA